CUCUGAGGUCCCUUGGUAUCUGAUGUUUUGUAUGCCUUGUCACAUACAUCCCUCCCAUUCGAUUCCUUCAUCCUGUGCCUCUCUCUCUGAAUAGAAGGCCAGCAAACCGAGCUCCAUAGUAUCCAGCAUAGGCUCUCCCUGGCUAAGAUGACCAUCGAAGAGCAGGAGCCCGAGAACUUCAACAACGCCCACAAGGCUGACUUCAAGUCCAUAUACAACCAGCCUGACCCGCGCGCCUACUUCGCCGCCUUGACGCCGCUGGGCUACCAGAUACCACAGCGCGCCCUCCCCGUCAUCGACCGCGUCCUGGCGCUCUCGUCGGUCACGCACGAUGCCACCAUCACCACCAUCACUACCGACGAUAACGUCAAACCGGGCAUCAUCAAGGUCCUAGACGUGUGCUGCUCCUACGGCAUCAACGCCGCUCUCCUCCGCCACGACCUCGACCUCGACGGCCUCGCGGCGCACUACGCGUCCACGCCAAAACUUUCGGCCGCCGAGCAGACAGCCGCGGACAAGCGCUUCUUCGCGUCGCGCCCGCGGCGGCCCUGGGUGGAGGUUCUCGGGCUGGACUCCGCGCCCGGGGCGGUGUCCUACGCCGUGGAGACGGGGCUCCUGACGGCCGGCUUCGCGGAGGACCUGGAGGUCUCGGAGCCCUCGCCGGCGCUGCGGGCCGCGCUGCGGGACGUGAGCGUCGUGGUGUGCAGGGGGGGCGUGGGCUACGUGUCGGCGACGACGUUCGCGCGGGCGGCGGCGUGCGUGAGGGACGCCGGACGGCGGCUGUGGGUGCUGUCGUUCGUGCUGCGCGUGUUCCUGUUCGAGGGGGUCGCGGCGCGGCUGGCGGAGGAGCACGGGCUCGUGACGGAGAGGGUCGAGGGGGCGGUCUUCCGGCAGCGGCGGUUCGUCUCGGGCGAGGAGCGGAGGGCGGCGAUGGAGGACGUGAGGAGGAGGGGGCUGGACGGCGGCGGGCUGGAGGCGGACGGGUGGUUCUGGGCCGAGUGCUGGGUGACGAGGCCGAGGGGGGCGGAGGCGCGGAUGGAGGACGUUUUGGGGUCUGUUGGUGUUUUGAGGGUAUGAUGGACAGUUUUGGUGUUCCGGGGAAUCAUUGUUGUUCCCGUUAUCGUCAUUGUUAUUGUUGUUGACAUUGUGUCCUGUUGUUGAUACUGUCCCUAUCCCCUCUGGCUGUGCGGAACACAUAGACUUCCACCGAACAGAUCCAAGUUAU